CUUUGAAAGAUGUUUAACACCGCAUGUUUUGUAUGUAGAACAGCGCGAGGGAUUGGCGUAGAGGUCUUUUUUGAACGAUUGGACCAAUAUCAAAGCUCGACGCUCAGACACCAAUUGAAAACGAGACGACAUUCUUAUCGCUUAUCUCGUUAUGUUUGGGUCGACUGGCUAAAAAUCGCCGAGCCCCGAGAGGGACAUGACAAAGGAUGUUUUAGAGCCUGUGGAGGAAGAUGCUACCCUGGACUGCCUCACUACAAUCUCUCCCCAUCAGCGGCCAGUCAUCCACCAGGUGGCAUCUGCACCGAUGCCUGACGAGUGUGAAUUCUCCUUCUUUGAUCCCAGCGAGCCGCAGUGCAGGGAGGUUAUGCAAGACCCCAGCACCACCAUACCGGAACUGUUUGCUGUCCUUAGGCAAUGGGUUCCACAGGUUCAGAAGAACAUUGAUCUGAUUGGCAAUGAGAUCCUUAACAGAGGUUGUGGCGUAAAUGAUCGCGAUGGUCUGACAGACAUGAGCCUUCUGCACUACUGCUGCAAGGCUGGUGCCCCGGGUAUUGGUGAUGCAGAUACAGCGGCUGGUUUCGCCCGCCACCUUCUUGCCCUGGGAGCUGAUCCUAACCUCCGCUCCCGCUGGACAAACAUGAGGGCUCUGCAUUACGCUGCAUACUUUGAUGUUCCCCACCUUAUUCGCGUUGUAUUGCAGGCCUCUCAGCCUGGAGACAUAGAUGCGACCUGUAGUGACUUUGACUUUGGCACCGCCCUGCACAUUGCCGCGUCUAACCUGUGUACAUCCGCUGUCUCGUGUCUCUUGGAGCUGGGAGCCAAUCCUGCUUUCAAAGACGAUAAAGGCCAGUACCCAGCUGAUGUUGUUCCUGAGCCCCUCGACAUGCCCAUAGAGAUGGCAGAUGCUGCCUCCCUGGCCAAAGAACUGCGGACCUUACUAGGAGAGGCUUUGCCACAGCCCAGCUCUCUGCCUUUAAGAUUGCAAGUCCAGACCCCUCCUGCUCUUUCCGAUAAAGCCAGGAUAAAGCUUGCCUCAAUAGGAAUCCAGCUCGGUGACCGGGUGGUGAUAGCUGGACAUAAGGUUGGAACCCUGCAAUUCUGUGGCAACACGGAGUUCUCUGGUGGUCUCUGGGCUGGAGUAGUGCUUGAGAAACCAGAGGGGAAGAAUGAUGGCUCUGUAGCAGGCGUCCAGUAUUUUACCUGCCAACGCAAACACGGAGUAUUUGCUCCUCUCUCCAAGAUAAGCAAACAUUUGGAAAGACGUAAAAGGACCAAUAAGGUGUCUACACCCGCACGCCCUCGUCGCAUUGACCUGUCCCUCAUUCCCCCCAAGACUAACACAGGGUUAGGCGAUCUCUCGCAAUCGCUCUCCUCUUCGACUUCCUCGCUAGAAUCACGUCAUGGACAACGCCCUCGCCCGCGUCCCCAUCCCAGGCAACGUCUUAUUACCAGGCAACAACGGGAACAUAUUUCUCAGAGUCCCUGUGGUACAGCAGGAUAUCGAAGCCAAACACCUUCAGCUAGUAGCUCUGUUUGUGGGGGCCCAGAGGUGCGCCUGGGGGAUAGGGUGCUGGUCGUUGGCCAGAGGACUGGCGUAGUCCAUUUCUUUGGGAAGACGAGCUUUGCUCCAGGCCACUGGUUGGGCAUCGCACUGGACACACCCAGUGGGAAGAAUGAUGGAUCAGUGGGGGCAGUGAGAUACUUUAACUGCCCCCCAAGACAUGGAGUCUUUGCUCCUCCAUCUCGUGUUCAACGGAUCCACGGAUCUGUUGAUUGCCUCUCAGAGCUCUCCUCGUCACAUCUCAAUCACCCAUCAAUCAGCGGGGUGAUUCGCCGCAGUUUCAGCACAUCAUCUGCCAUUGCUCCACCCAAGGAGACCAGCAGAAGAAACCCCGUGACCAGGAGUCGUUCCCACCCUCAUCGUCGCCGCUGGAGCACAUUGAGUGGAGGCAGCGGCAGCAGCAUUGCAAGGAGUCCCGCUGGCACCGUCUACAGUUCUGAUAAGCAGGUCCGCCUCCAUGAGGGUAUGCAGGUGCUGUUGAACAGCGCCAACGAAAUGGCCUCCAUCCGUUACAUGGGCACGACUGACUUUGCUCCGGGCCUUUGGCUGGGUCUGGAGCUCCGAAGCCCCAAGGGAAAGAACGAUGGUUCUGUACACGGCCACCGCUACUUCACCUGCCGCCCGGACCACGGUGCGCUCGUCCGUCCGAACCGUGUUACCUAUCGUGGCAUCAAUGGUUCCUGCUUGGUAGAUGAAAACAGUUGAGAAAUGGACCUUUCACAGAAGGUAUAAUAAAAAGUGGAAUCUCUCUAUUUUAAGCAAUUGUAUAGUCCAACAUUUUAAAAGCAUUUAUCAUCCGCACUGCUUUAUUUUGAAUUUUCUACCUAAAAGCAUUUGUUUGAUAGUUUACACCCAGCUAAUUGUUUAGGAGACAGAAUUAAUGCACUUUAUUCAAUUAGCUUUGAGUUCCCAUUAGAAUUUUUUCCAGCGGGAUUUAACUACUUCUAAUCUGAUUGCAGUCUCAGACAUUAAUUUCUUGAAUCAGAACGCAUGCGAGUAAAUAUCGCAGAUGUAACGGCCAAUCAAAUGUGGCAUGUGAGCUGUCACAACCAUAAGAUACAUUUCCAGUUUUAAGCGAGCGGCAACUGGUCACUGCCAUUGCCAACCAGUACCAAUAAAGUAUAAUACAGCAUGUAUAUUGUGUUUUAAAAGAAUACUUACCUAUUUUAUAACCUGUGGACAAAAUCGCGACACUUAGUCUCUUGUCAGCAAAUGCACACAAGCUUUCACAAGAAAAAAUAUUUUUCUGCGGGUAUGGAGCACCAUCCACCCGGCUGCUGCCAACUUGCCGGUGGUGCCAAUCUGUAAUAAUACAGCAUAAAUAUUGUGUUUUACAAUAAUAUUUGACUUUAUAUAUAAUUUCAUAUGUACAUCUGUAGACGAGAAAGCGAAGCGUGUCGAGUUUCUGUUGUGGUAAUGCAUAAGUCAAGUCAAUGCGAAGUUAAAGCAGCGCGAGAGGGCAAACGCAAUUAUCCUUAAGUUCUGAAGUUGAACUGGAUAGUAUCCCAUUUGAUUACAGUUAUCAGUCUAAAUUUACAGAGAGCAGGUCAUCCAUUGUGCAUGUGCAACCAAGCCACUUUUCUGUAAAAGACUUGCGCAGCAUUUAAUUAUGGUGUGUGGGCUACAAGAGUAGCUAAAAGAUCUUCAGCGAGGUUCUGUCGAUGGGCGUCCCCCUGCAAUUGAAAGAAACUGGUGGUUGGAGCCAAACGGUUCUCUGACUCAUCUGUUAAAGCAAGUGAUCAGAUUCCACCCUAAACGUAUAAUCGCUUCAAAUCCAAAAACGCAAGUACAGACCAUCCUUCUAUUAGAUGAAAAUGAAAGAAACCAUAUACAUUACAAUAUGGAAGAUGAAUUUGCUUGAGCAUUUCUUUGACUGUGCCCUCUAACCUAGACAUCUUUAUUCAAUCAUUAUUUCAGAUCCAUUUCGUAUAGUGAAAUUUGGAUGUAUGUUUGUAAGUCGAAUGCAUUCCAGUGAGGUUUGAUACUGUAUUUACAUAUUUACUAAAAUAGUAAAUGAAUAAAACAAUUCUAAUUUGA